CGGUUGCGCUCGCGCGAGAAAGGGAUUUUCCAUGCAGUCUGACACCGUACACAAUACAAAUGUUCAGUUCAGUGUCCGAUAAGAUAAAGUCGUUUAUUUUCCAACCAUCCCACGAGGAACCAAACCUCAGUGUUUCAAGAAAACGCAAAAGAAUUGCUGAUGAAACUGAUGGUCAAGAUUCCGAUAUUGAGAUUGUUGAAGUUAAGAGACCUAAGAAGGAAUCCACAGGCUCAUCGUUCUGGACUUACUUGAAGCUACCAGUAAACAAGAUGGCCCAGUGGGUACGGCAACGAGGAUCAGGCAAUUUCUCCUCAGAUUUUGGUGUGCGGGAGUUGCCAGAAAACAGUCGAUGGCGGCAGCGGCCACAUCACCAGGAGCAGCAUCCAGCAGUCAGGCCCACUGUCAAAGUGCCCACCACUAAUGGAGGCUCUGUACAUACUCAGAUUCAUGGCCGACCACCUAUACAUACAGAGGUAGCUGCUUCGACCUGCAGCACAUCUAUGAAUGAGACUCCCCGGGUGAAUGGGGAGCAGAGCGUCCAUCACCAGGAGGUCCAGACUGACCAGCUGUCUCGGUCCAGCCGUCGCCGCCAGGUCACCCCGACUGUCCCCCGCAGUAGAGGCCUCUUCACAGCACAAGAGAGUGUUCGCCUCGAUGAGAAGAAACGAUAUCGUGAAUUGCUGCAGACGUUUGCCCCCUCUGUCCGUCUGGAUGAAGAAAACCGAGAUAAGACCGCAGAUGCUUCAUCCGCCAAGUUGAAGAUACCAUCUACCUUCGAUUUUGGGGGAAACAACAGUAUCCUUGGUCACAGUUUCCUUGGCAACAACAGUGUGUUUGCCUCUGAGCUGAAGGCUAAGACCCCUACUCCUCGUCCCGCCAUCUCCAGCACACUUCUGACAACACGGAGGAAGAAUGCGCUGGAGGUGUUCCAGUCAACGCCGUUGUCGCGGACGGGGAAAGAACAGAGGAACAUGUCUAAGCUUCGAGUUCACCAACAGUCAGUUGUGAUUCCCGAUGAUAAGAAUGAUGAGAUCUCAGAAAGGAUAUCACCCAUUUUGGACCGGACAUCUCAUGAAUUCCAGACAUCACCGUACGCCAGCGAGGGAUGGGUAGAGGACUUAAAAAGUCGCUAUUCAGCAGAAGCGAGAGAGAGGAGGCGGAAGAUCACUGAAGCCGAAAUUAUAGCCAAGGUCCAUGAAGAAAGGAGAAAAGAACGUGAUGAGAAUUUGGAGAAAAUGAUUAAGGAACGAAUGAGGCUUGAAGAUAAGGAACCGCCGGUGUUAGAGGAACUGCCGCCACUAGAACCGGAGAAGGAAGAACGGUUACCAGACAUCACAAGCGAUAUGGAAAACAUCAUCGCCGGUGCCAAGAAAGGCUUCCCCCCUGACCAAGUGCUGGUGGAAGGCUACCGACUGCAGAUUACUAGGAAGGACAUGGCCACGUUAGAUGGACUGAACUGGCUUAAUGAUGAAAUUAUCAACUUCUACAUGAACAUGCUAAUAGAGAGAGGCGGGCAGGAGGAUCGACCCAAGGUGUACGCGUUCAACACAUUCUUUUAUUCCAAAUUAAUGAACGGUGGCCACUCGGCAGUGAGAAGAUGGACACGGAAAAUUGACAUCUUUUCACAUGACUAUCUUCUCGUCCCGGUUCAUCUGGGAGUUCACUGGUGUAUGGCUGUGAUUGAUAUUAAAAAGAAGAAAGUCAGCUACUUCGAUUCAAUGGGAGGCAAAAAUGUACAGUGUUUACAGGGCUUGAAAAAAUAUCUUGCAGACGAGUCAUUGGACAAGAAAAAACAAGCUUUUGAUUUCACUGGAUGGGAAUUCCAAAUAGAAUCUGACAUCCCCCAACAGAUGAAUGGUAGUGACUGUGGAAUGUUUGCCUGCAAGUUUGCUGAAUACAUCACACGAGAAGCCCCCAUCAGUUUUACACAGGAACACAUGCCCUACUUCAGGAAAAGGAUGGUCUACGAAAUAUUAAAGAAGAAAUUGCUACAGUGACAAUGACCCCCCAACUGUAGUAGUCGUUAUCAUAUCUUACCUCAUUCUGUUCCGACAGCUGACAGUUACCGUGGUUACGUGAAUCCUGACAUUAUCCUUGUUUAAACAUGUUAUAUUUAUAGAUGUCCAGUUUUGUUGAACUAAGUCAGAUCAUGUUUCGUGUUGAAGAGUGAAUGACUUCAGGUUCCAAGUGGCAUCAGCUUUCUGGCGGCCAUAUUUGUGUGACCUGUGUGACCUUUAUGUGACACAUGCUGAAGAAGGCAGGUUAACUUAGCCUACAAAUAAUCAGGGAGGCCAUGUCAUUUAUGCUUAUUUUUAUCAAAAUGAUUGUGAAACUUAUGCUAUACAAGAACUGUUCCGUCAGUAGUUUAGAAUAUUUUAUGCCUUAUGGUUGUAAUGAGAUUAAGUAUGUUCGCUGUGUUACAUAGCGGUGGUCGCCGUGUUACUUAGCAUGAUUGAUAAGUCAAUGAGUUGCUCUUCCUUUCUACAUAAGAUGCUAAGAUGAUGUCAGUAAAAAGUUCAAAUUAUUGAGGAAUUUUUUUUUUAAAGCUAUCUCUUAUUAACCGCCAAUUAUUUGGACAAUUAGAAAAAUAAAAUAGUACAUAUUUGAAUAGCACAUUAAGAUAAAGUAGCCAUUAACUUUGUCAAGAGCAACUUAUUGAGGAUUUUUUUUUUAAAGUAAUCUCUUAUUAACUGCUAAAUAUUUGAACAGUUAGAAAAAUAAAGAAAUGCAUAUUUGAAUAACAUAUUAAGAUAAAGUAGCCAUUAACUUUGCCCAGAGCAGCUGACCCAGUCUAUUGUAUCAGGUAUUUACAUGACGCACAAAUGUAGAGAAUGGAAGUAGAAUAAAAAUUAACUGUGUCCCUAAGGACACACAGUAAUAUUCAUUGUAACUCCAGGGCAUCAACAGCAGUUAUGGGUGUCUGUUAUUUCAUCUAUCAAUCAUGACCACUGUCCACAUGAUCAUUCAUUCAUUCCAGGCUCUGAAGUAAUUAUCAAAAUGUACAGUACACCAUUUUAAUACUUCACAGGGCCCCGUUCCACAAAGCGAUCUUAGCGCUUAGACUGUCGUAAGUCUAUGUUAAAGUAUGGGAGUUACGAUCGUCUUACCGCUAUUAUCGCUUUGUGGAACGGGACCCAGGACCCUUACAAUUAGUUAUUGGGGGUCGGGGGACCCCCACUUUUGUAAGUCAAGGUAAAUCCCUGUUGUGUGUAGACUAUGGACAAUGCAUCUUAGUUAUGGCAGAACAAUCCAUCCCAGAUCUAAAUACGUGUCUAUAAUUUGAGCUGAGUAUUGCCUGGUAUCUUACGAUACGAUUUGUAUCACGAUACAGACUGACGAUACUACUGGUGUCAUGAUACACCAGAUGAAAUAAUAAGAAAUGAUGAAAUACUGAAAUACAGCUCUAACUCCUUUCUUCAUUCAUAUAUUAUUGUUAUCUCAGAUACUUUAACAAAGAAAACCACAAGAGCAAAACAGUUAUAAAUGAAGAGAUGAUUAUUAUAUGUGACAGUUAGUCGGCACAUCCAGCUAUCACAUCCUUGUGUUUUACCAUGCUUACAGGUGGCGCUAUGCUGCUUCUGCCAUUAAGGGAGGUAACUCUAUCAGUUCCUGUUCUAUUUAUAACAUAUCAUGAUCUCACAAACUGACGAUUCAAGUAUCAUAUGUACCUAAGUAUCGAUGAUAACGUAGGUAUUGGUGAAUAGUUAUAGCCCUUAAGUUUAAAAAAAUAGAAGCAUUGGUUCUCAGGCAAUGACUUUUGAAAAUAUAUUGCAGGCUGGCGGUGGUUUGGGAUUUUUUGCUUGUAAAAGCUAGUAUGUAACCAAAUAAACAGUUGUGUACCAUCAACCUGGGAAAAGGCCUCCCUACAUAAACAAGCAUACAAACUCCUUUUGCCGCCAUACUACCACGAGAUACACAGUAAAGGAGUGCACAUUUAAAGGGAAGUAACUGUGUGCUACAUUGGAUCUCAUUGUUUUAAAGUAUUAGGAUUUUUUAAUUUGUUUGAAAAUGGAAAUAAAAACGAAACUUGUGGCAGACUGUAUGAUGAUGAGGCCGUGCCUGAGAACCAAGACUUAUUUUUUAGCCUUAUGUAUUACUCUGAAAACACUGAACAGCCAACACAGUGCAGUAUUAGCAUUUUGGGGGGUUUGCCCACUUAACUGACCAACCCAAGGACAUUUGUGACAACGAAAUUAGAAGGUAUUGAGCUACUUAAAUUAAUGUUUAUUUCAAUGGACCCAAGCUAACAUCUUAACAAAUAUUUGUAAACCAUAAAAUUAUUUAACAGUAGACAGAGUGAGAAUAGGUCUUCAGCAACCCAUGCUUGUCGUAAGAGGCUACAAAUGGGAGGGGUUAAUGCCCAAUUUCAGUCAUUGCAAGCUGGAAUAAUUCAUGCUGAUAAUAAUUUUAUUAUGGACUUUCUAGGAUAGGUACCUUUAAAAACUGCUGGAUUUAUUUAUAAAAAAGAAGGGUAUAGUAUGCAUGCCCUUUCUAUAGGUUAAUGUGCAGGUGUUUGAGUAAAUGGAUAAAUACUUUCACGUUUCCUCAAUUUCUAACUUGUAGCGACAUUCCAUUGAUGGCGUCACAAUGCUAUGACGUCACACAACAAUGUGACAAGGCAACGAUGUCAUAGCUGCAGUGUUGAGCCCCACACGAAAUCACUUUUGCCAUUAGCAAUACACUUCCUGCCGCAACAUGGGAAUUAAUUCCCUUUUUGUGUCUUUGACAAUGUGACUCUGAUUCCUGGUUGUUCCGAUUCAUCUUUUGUUUAAUAAGGGUGUCUGCUGGUCUGAACAUCAGACUUUCUGAGAUCUGUAUUUUUAAAAUCUGUUAGAUGUAAUGAUAAGAAACGAAGGGGAAAAGUGUACAUUCUAUUGCUAGACACGCCUGUUACAUACUGUGUCAUAUUUACAAUAUCCUGUAGAGGCAGAUAGUGGGGGGGGGGGGGAGUACGCAGUACAAGGUUCAUGAAGUUGUGCAGGGAACACGAAACAAACUAGGAGGUGUCCUUAAGUUUUGUGUCUGCCUGGAGAGCGGAAGGUCCGGGGUUCGAUCCCCGGCCACGUCUUACCAAAAGACAUUAAAAGAUGGGAGUGUUGUUACCCUGUCUGGCGCUCGGCAUUAAGGGGCUAAAAUAAGGACUGGUUGGCUCAGAGUCAGUAUAAGUUUUGUGAUUAAAUUCAAUCCAGCAAUAACUAUUUUUUUUAUGGUAAGAUGUCAAACUUGGCACUUGUUAGCUCACAUUUUGGGCUUAUGUCACAGGGCUUUGUCUGUCGUGAAAAUUCAUCUCCUUCAAAAUAGUUGUCAGUGUUAAUAUUGUUUUUGUGGAACAUGUUUGGUAAAGUUGGACUUGCAUGAUGCAAACUUCAAGUGUCAUAUUCAACAGGAGGUUCCGAGUUAUAUAGGGGGAUAUUCCUUGUAGAGAGUGACAAUGGCACGGUUAAAGUAGGUUCCUGAAGCCUAAAGGGCACACUUAGAAAUCACAUAUUUUUAACAAAAAUGUUAAUUAUAUUAAGUCAGUGAUAACUGUUUUUUUUUUACAAGUAAGCUUGAUAUCCACAUGGAAAGUGAACAUAUACUAGUCAAAAGAAGACCUGAGGGGUAGUCGGGUAGCCAAGUGAUUAAAGCGUUCUCUCAUUCACGCCGAAGACCCGGGUUCGAUUCCCGACAUUGGUACAAUGUGUGAAGCUCAUUUCUGGUGUCCCUGCCGUGAUAUUGCUGGAUAUUGCAGGGGGCACAACUUGUGAUCUACGCGAAGUGGCGCCAGGGUCGAGCCAAGAAAAGUGGCCUUGAUAUGGCUAGGGUAGAAACUACGCUUUGAUACAGGCUAGUGGACACGUUUGCCUCGGAAAGAUGGUUUAGGACUGCAUCAUCAAAGUUUUGUUGUCUAGUGACGGCAAGCUUCAGUACCUGUGGUAUUCUGGGCACACCAUCUCAAGCUAGACUUGAAAUAGGUACCUGCUUCUCCCUGUGGUAACACGACAUGUGACUAAACAGUUGGAGGGUUCACAAGCACUACGAUACUGUCAUCUCUGCUCUAAUGGGCAUGGCCAUAGAUCAUGUAAUUUAUUUCGCCAUCAUAACAUUGUGUGAGAACUAUUCGUAUGGAAUAUAUCAUUGGUGCAGACGUAAUCUCUGUAUAUAUCUGUAUAUAUCAUUAAAUAUCAUGUCUUUUUUUACGUCCAGAAUAUUAAGUUCGGCAAUGAUUCAUCAUCAAUCAUGUGUUGAGUUUCUGGUGGUGUUCUGACAAGGUGGAUUGAACGAUGAAGGGACAGAGGGUAGCAGGGUGGUUGUGGUGUUUCCUUGUCGAGACAAGCUGGUUUGAUUCCCCUUAGGGGUAGAUACCAUAUGUAGAACCCAUUCCUUCAUUUGAGACGAGCUGUACCGGUACAUGUCAUUACAAAAUGUUCAGUAAAACAUUGAUACCAGAAAUCAGAUUUUGUCCUGCCGAUUUAUUGGUAGACAUACUUUCAUCCCGGUCUUAACUUUGGAAAAUAUUAACUAAGUUGUUUCUACUAUACUACAGGCUCAAAGAUACGUGAAUUUUGUUUGUCAAAACGAAGUAUGAAAUGUUGUUCUUUUCUUGUUUUCAGUAAAACUGUCAUAUUUUGUAAAUUGUCACUGCCAAAGGUAUCUGUACUUUGUUUCCAUAGAACAUUCAGGACAUGCUCAAGCUGUUGUUGUUUUGAACUCUUUCAAGGACUGGUCAUUUAUUAUGGUGGUCUUGGGUGGUAGGGGCCUUGGUCUCAGCACUGUAUCAUAUUUUGCUGAUACAGCCCCCAUUUGAUGUUACAUUUUAUCAUGGACCCCCAAAUGCGUUUUUCCACUACACCCGUCUCAAAACACACUACACAAAUAGAUAAGGAUAAGAUAUAUGGAUGAACAAUUUCAUUACAAUUAGGAACGAUCUUAUCCUUACUUCGAGUUCAAAAUGCCUCAGGGGGCGGAUGGUAGCCUAGUGGUUAAAGCGUUCACUCAUCACGCCAAAGACCUGGGUUCGAUUCCCCUUAUGGGUACAAUGUAUGAAGCCCAUUUCUGGUGUCCCCCGCCGUGAUAUUGCUGGAAUAUUGCUAAAAUUGGCGUAAAACCAUACUCAUUCACUCACUCUAAAUGCCUCUCAAAGAAAUGUUGGAAUAUCUAAAUUUUUAUAUUUGAAACAAUAGAACUGGGUCAUUUUCUUUCAUGCCUCCCAUGCCUCCUCUCAUCUUCCUCCUCCUCACUCUCUCCUCCUCCUCCUCCUCCCCCCCCCCCCCCCCCCCCCCCCAUGUUGUGAUUAAUUUGGCGGGCCCCCUCUUACUGUCAUUUCUUUAUGACCCUGGGGGCACGGGUGGCCCAGUCGUCUAAGGCGCCGCGAUUCGCUGUGCAGAGUUGCAUCCCCUGGGCACGCCAGAAACCUAUGAUUGUGGGUUCGAAUCCUGGUUUGCCCCGAUUAUGUU